UAUGCAGCAAAAGUUAGAAGAAUUAGAGAAGUUAAAUAAAUAAUAACGAGCUUAACUUGAACAAAACAAUCAAGAAAUUACAAAAUUAAAGAAAGACCUUGUUGAUCUAUAGAGUAGUUAUGAAUAAUAACUCAGUAAAGAAAGAAUAAAUAGCCAAUAAGAAUUAAAGAAUAGAAUAACAUAAAUGUAAAAUGAAAAUACAUAGAGAUUUAAAGAUCAAAAAUAAUAACAUGAUGUUGAAAUGGAAUAGUUUAAGAGGUCAUUUGAAAGGAAUAUUGAAAAACUUAUGAAAGAAAAAUCAGCAUUAUAAGAAUAAUUGACAAAUGCAGAAAUUGAAAAAAUAUAUUUAAAAUAAUCAACAUAAUCAUUAUCAGAAUGUAAAGAUUGCAUUAAAGAUUUAUAAAAUCCCAAUGUCGUUAAAGAAACUUUGGAAAAGCUUUAAAAGAGAUUAAAAGAAUGUUAAGAAUAAAUUAAAUAAUUGUAAAUAUAACUCAAAGACAUAUCUGAAUUAGAAUAUAAGGCCAAGGAAAUGUCAUAAAAGUAUUAAUAAUAACUUUACAAAAUGAAAGAAAAUUUUGAUAAACAAGAAAAAGAAUUAUAAAAUUAAUAGGCUUCUUUUAAUGAAAUUACCAAGAAAUUUGAAUAAGAAUAAUAAAAAAAUCUUUAAUUAAAAGAUGAAUUUGAAAAAGAGAAAAUGAGAUUACAGGAAUAAAUUAAGUCCCUUUAAAGAUCAAGAUGA